CUGAUCGAGGCAGGAGGCGCGUGACUUUACCAACGGGGAGCCGCGCCGCCCUACUGCCUCAUACCACUAACUGCUCCCACCACACAGCACCGAGGGACCAGAGAGUGCCACGAGAGCCACACAGAGCCACCAGAGGACCAGUGAGUGCCGCGAGAGCCACACAGAGCCACCAGAGGACCGUCGAAGGCUACAAGCACCAAAUAAUUGCGGAGUGCCAGUAGAACCCAGUGUGUAGGGGCGGUGCACGGCGAAGAGGAAGUAGAAGAAAACAAGAAGAAAAAGAGGAAGAGGAAGAAGAAGAACAGGAAAAAUAAAAAAAGGACCUGACACAUACAAGUAAACGACAAGUACAAGACAAACUGCGGCUAUUUUGACCCCCCCCCGUGAGGCCGUCUAGAGGGUCAGGUCAGAGGUCAUCAUGGGUGCCGACGCCGUGCCCAUAGCGGUGAUGACUGGGCUCUUCGCGGUGGUGGGUGCGGUGAUGCCCUUCAUCGUGGCCAAGGGUCCGAACAAGGGGGUGAUCCAGGUGGUCUUGGUGAUAACAGCCAUCUCCUGCUGGCUAUUUUGGAUGCUGGCGUAUAUGCACCAAAUGAACCCGCUCAUCGGGCCCCAGCUCCACAACACAACCAUCCUCGCCAUACAGUACAUUUGGGAUGAAACCCUAAAACUUCCCGCGCGUGAGUGACGACCCAGCCGUCCGCCGCACCCUGCCACCAUCGCCAAGCCCUCGGGGACACUAACUGCCAUGUUGCGCGACGGUGUGGCUCUCAGGGCGGUGGCUGUGUUGAGGAGACGCUGCUGGUGGUGGUGGUGACCUGUUGGUGGGCAUGGUCAGCUCUUUACACAGCCCGUCAACUGGCUCUGGGUAUUCAUCUGUUGUCUCCGUAUGCUAAAUUUAUCCCGAGCCCAAAUUACAUGACAUCGUUUUCUAUUUUUUUCUGCUGUAUUCACUUCUAUAGUGGCGGCGGUGGUGGUCUGGCACUCUCUACAUGGCCCAUCAACUGGCUCUGGGCACUCAUCUAUAGACACCAUAUGCUAAACUAAUCCUGUGCCCAAAUUAUAUGACAUCGUUUUCUAUUUUUUUCUGCUGUAUUCACUUCUAUAGUGGUGGUGGUGGUGGUCUGGCACUCUCUACAUGGCCCAUCAACUGGCUCUGGGCACUCAUCUAUAGACACCAUAUGCUAAACUAAUCCAGGGCCCAAAUUACAUGACAUCGUUUUCUAUUUUUUUCUGCUGUAUUCACUUCUAUAGUGGUGGUGGUGGUCUGGCACUCUCUACAUGGCCCAUCAACUGGCUCUGGGCACUCAUCUAUAGGCACCAUAUGCUAAACUAAUCCUGUGCCCAAAUUACAUGACAUCGUUUUCUAUUUUUUUUCUGCUGUAUUCGCUUCUAUAGUGGUGAUGGUUGUGGUCUGGCACUCUCUACAUGGGCCGUCAACUGGCUCUGGGCACUCAUCUAUAGGCACCAUAUGCUAAACUAAUCCUGUGCCCAAAUUACAUGACAUCGUUUUCUAUUUUUUUUCUGCUGUAUUCGCUUCUAUAGUAGUGGUGGUGAUGGUCUGGCACUCUCUACAUGGGCCGUCAACUGGGUCUGGGCAUUCAUCUAUAGGCGCCGUAUGCUAAACCCAUUCAAGAUAAGAGUUUCGAGACGCCUCUUCGCCUGAAAUUGACCUCUCUUUUGCCCUCUUGAUCGUUCUUUCUUCUUUUUCCCUUUAUUUUCUUGUCAUAAAUAAAUCCGUAAAAAAGAACAGCAAGGUCAACUGCUUACCAAACUCUCACUCUGCCCAAAACUUAUCCUUUCUGCCUUUCCUCUCUUCCUAAAACUCCUCUUCCUCUCCCUAAAUUCAUCAUCAUCAUCAUCAUCUUGUCAUAAAUAAAUCGGUUAAAAAGAACAGCAAGGUCGACUGCUUACCAGACCCUCACUUGACUCAAAGCUUCAUCCUUUCUGCCUUUCUUCUCUUCCUAAAACUCCUCUUCCAUUCCCUAAAUUACCCUAAAAAUUGAAAAGAGGAAAAAAAACUCAGCCAGAAGUCCGUCCCCUCUUCCACUGCAGUAGGACAUGGGGCCAUAUCCUCAAACCCUUUGGCUGCCCAGCAUGUCUCUCCUAGGAGUUUUGGCCGUUUCCAGGGGUUGAUUAAUGGCCCUGGUGGUAGUUUGACCCUUCUUCUGUGUUAUGAUUGUGUAAAAGCACUCAUGAAAACCCGA